AUGACUGCAACGUCAGAAAUCGGCGGUGAUAAACAAACAGUUGAAGGAUCACUUAAUGCUAUACAUAAUCGUUUAAAAUGUUAUACAAAUGAUCAAAUAACUAUAAUUGAUGAUAUGAUGUCCACAAUUGAAUCAUUUUAUAAAACGGAAAAACACACACAUGAGAGAAUGCAAAGUAGCUUGCAAAAAUCAUUUGAACAUGCACAAAGCAUGUCCUAUCUUGGACAAAGUAUUAUUGGUUCAAGUUGGACAACAGCUCUAAAAGAAUUAAUGGAACAUUAUUCUCAACGCGAAGCAUCAUAUCCUGUACUUAGACAAGUUAUAUUAGAAAAUUUAAAAAAAAUAAAAAAUGAAAAAGUUGAUGAACAUAAUAAAAUUUUACUCUAUGAUGAAGAAAUUAUAAGAGAAAUGGUUGAUGUUGAACGUCGUACAAUAAAAGCAAAACGUGCAUAUGAUGAUGCAUGUGAACGUUUACGACAUCAUCAAAAUUCAGCUAAAGAAAAAGAAAGUAGUAUUAAACGAUUACAUAAUAAGAUUUUACCAAAAAAUGAAUUAGAUAGACUUGAAACUUCUGUUGUUGAUACACGAAAUAUGUAUAUUUUGCAUGUUCAACAAAUGAAUUAUGCUUUAAAAUUUUAUAUUGAACAAUUUAUUGUUGAUUUAGAUAAAUUAUUGGUGUGUGAUCUUUUUCCACAAAUCGAACAAGUACUUGAUGAUCUUGUUUAUGUUGAAUAUAAACGUCUUCGUGACACACUUCAACAUGCAAUACAUGCAGCUGUUGAAGAUGGUGAUGAACAAAAACGACGUUUAUUACCUAAAAUAUUCCAAAAUUAUCCUUUGACUAUUUUAGCUGAUCAAAGUGAUCAGAUUAAUACUGAAGAUAAAUACCAAGGACAACUUUCAUCAUGUUAUGCAUCAUCUGUAAAUGAAUUACGUGAUGCUGAUCAACAAAUUCAAUCAGCAUUAGAAAGUUCAGUACUUAAUGCACAACAGAAUAAAGAUUCAAGAAUGGAUGCAUCAAAAAUUCGACUUAAACGAAUGGAGAUGCGAAAAUCAAUGGCUUCAUUUGUCAUUGAUACAUUAGAUAUAUUAGUACCGAAUAUUAAAACAAUAUCAGCGUCAACUCGUAGUACAUCGAAAUUUAUUGGUGGUCUACGACCGUUUAUUUCUACUUCGAAAACUGAAAAUCCACCGAUCGAUGCUACGGUAGCAACUACUUCAAGUGAGAGUGAUACUUCAUCAACAAAUAUUGUUUCAACACCAACAUUCCCAUGUCAAGCAAUUGUCUUAUAUGAUUUUGAAGGAACAAAUGAAGAUGAAAUGUCUGUACGAAAGGAUGAUAAAAUAUUUAUUGAAUCGAAGCCCGAAUAUGAAGGUUGGCUUAUUGCUAAAGGACGUGAUAGAUCCGGUCUUGUACCUGAAGCUUAUGUUCAACUUAUAUCAUCGAAUGUAGUUCCAUUAGAACAAGGAUCAGUAAAAACUGCAAUAGAUAAAUCAUCGCGAAAGAAAAAAACAUCAACGAAUAAUACGAACGUGAUAAGCUCGUCGCCAUCAAAACUAGACGAUGAUGCCGAAUAUUUUUCUGACGAUUAA